GAGCGUUUGGCUCAGCUGGAGUCCCUGGUCGCCGAGAACUCUGCUCUCAAGAAGGAGCUGGCUGCCGCCCGUUCCAGAAUCUUGGAGCUUGAGUCCCAAGCUGGCUCAUCUGCUGCCUCUCCCUUGGAUGCCAAAAUUACGCCUAAGCAACGUAAGGCCGCUGCCCGUAUCUUUCUCGUCUCUUCUCCUGCUGCUGCUGGUACUUGUGUGGACAGACCUCUUUAUGAGUAUGUCUACUUGCCAAACAAGUAUCGUGACCGUCUCUCCGCUUUCCGCCGCAAGCUGCGACUGAUCGGGUUGGAUAACAGCCGUGUACUUGAUGUGCACUAUCCGGCUCGUAAUGUCGUAGCCUUGCUGAUCCAUUCGGCUUACAAGGAGGAUCUCCUGAAGGUCAUGGCCAAGUACUCGCUUCCGGUCUUGACUGACUUUGAUCCUUUCUCUGGCACCAAUGUCAAGGACCCUGCCUUUGCCUCUUUGGAUGCUAAUACUCUCUCUGCCAAAGCACGCGAGUUGCAGCAAGCUGUUGUAUACACAGCAUUAUCCAUCCCUUCUUACACUAGUUAUGCCUUAAAAGAGCAAGUAUUAAUAUCAUGUAUAAAUAUAUCUUUCAAUCACAGUUUUAUCCGCAGCUUUGAUGGAUGUCUUCCAUCUUAG